AUGUUCACUUUAUUUGUUCUUCUCUCUCGUCGUCAAACGAAACUAUGUUAUUUCACUAUUCGACGUACGAUCACAAGUUCCCCUCGAUCGAAUAUUGAACUUGAAAUGAAGAAUCUCAAUGACAAAAAACACUUCACAAAAGCACUUGAUCUCUUCGACAAACAUCAACAAAGUUCGGAAAUAUUGACAGAUAAAGUGAUUGUUCAAGCACUGAAAGCUUGUACUCAACUAACUUCUUUCGAACGUGGUCGGAGCAUUCACGAGAAACUCUCCAAUCAAUCCACGAAGAAUAUGUUCGUCCAAACAUCGCUUAUUCAUUUCUAUAUGCAAUGUGGUCGCGUGAACGNACUGCUGUUGUAG